UUAGUUUCGUGUAUUUCAUCAGCGCGCCGAGUCCGGAUACCAUGAAGUUGCUCACCCUGCUGAUCUCCUCCUGCCUGCUGGCCGCCGCCAGUGGGCUGAGUUUCACCGUAACGUCGAAGAUCUACAUGGACGUGAAACACAACAAGAAGCCGGUGGGCAGGAUCACCUUCGGGCUCUUCGGAAAACUGGCCCCCAAGACGGUGGCCAACUUCCGGCACAUCUGCCUGCGCGGCAUCAAUGGAACUAGCUACGUGGGCGCCCGCUUCCACCGCAUUGUCGACCGCUUCCUCGUCCAGGGCGGUGAUAUUCUCAACGGCGACGGAACCGGGUCUAUCAGCAUCUACGGGGACUAUUUUCCGGACGAGGACAAGGGCCUGGCGGUGGAGCACAACAGGCCGGGGUACCUGGGGAUGGCUAACCGGGGGCCCAACACAAAUGGCUGCCAGUUCUACGUGACAACCGUAGGUGCCAAGUGGCUAGACGGGAAGCACACGGUCUUUGGCAAAGUGCUGGAGGGAAUGGAUACCAUUUAUGCCAUCGAGGAUGUAAAGACGGAUACGGAUGACUUCCCACUGGAACCGGUUGUGAUUUCCAACUGCGGCGAGAUGCCCAUCGAACCCUUCGAGUUCUAUCCGGACGACUUCAACAUCUGGGGGUGGAUCAAGGCGGCAGGCCUCCCCGUGACCAGUUCUUUCCUGGUGCUACUCAUCUUCCACUACUUCUUCCGCCAGCUGAACAUGUACUGCUGAUGGCUCCCCUCUCCCGAGGAAGAAAACGCUUUAUUACUGCACAUAAGUGAAACCCAACACCCCAAGCUCCCCCACCACCCCCAAUAAAUGCAUAAAAGAUA